UGAUCCCUUUUCCCAUUUCUUUCUCGAUUAUCUGUGUUGCAUUUCGAUUGAGAUUUUGCUUUCCGGUGUUUGAUUUGAUCAGCUUGGUAUCAAACUCUGCGUGUUCAAGUGCAUGAAUUCUAUUUUCUCGCCAUUUUCCUGGGUGAAUCUGUGUUUUUCUCGGGAAAAUGUGACGCUAGUACUUCCGACAACUCAGUAUCGUUUCUUUUUUCCCGCUGGUUCCCAUCUGAAAUCUUCUGUGGGUUCAUUCAUUUUUUAAUCCGUAUCAUUCGCGAACUCCUCUCUUAUCUACGUUUUUUCCUGGGAAAAUUCAUUAACUUUCUCGGUGUGAAAGCAAAUGGUAUUUUUUGUUUUCCGUCAUUUUUUGAGUUUCCCGAACUUGGUCGGUUUCGGGUUUUGGAUUUCGCUUUCAUUUUGUUUGCUUGAUUGAUGCACAGUUGUAAAGCUUUCCCCAUAUUUUUAUAUGAGGAUUUUCUCGGGAGCCAAACAAGUCCUUUUCCAAGUUAACAAAAAAAAAAACAAGUCCUUUUCCACCCAUUGACGGACGGAUGUGUGAUUAAAUUUGCUAGUGAAUAGUCAUUCAAAUACCAUGUAAUAGCCGUAUGGUCGUUAUUAUUAUAAUUGUUAUCAUAAUUCUUUAUGAAUAUUAUCCAGACCCGCCGCCUACUCAGUUCAAUCUCAGAAAUUCUCUCUCCUCGGAUCCGUUCCCGGGACAGAGCUUCACGCCCUUGUAGCAAUUUUUGAUUUUUUUUUUCAUAUUGGGAUUUUUUUGUAGCAUUAUGCCUCUCUAAUCUGUAGAAUUGCAGUUUUUUUUUUUAAUUUAUUGGGAUUUCUUGUUCUUGGAGGAUGAGUUCAUUAACCUUCUUUGCAGCUGUAAUCUUUUGGAAUUUUUCCCAGUAGCAGCACUAGAGAUUUUCUCGGACAACAAAUGGGAAAGAUCACAUCAGAUCCAUAAGCCCCAAUUGGCAGGGAAGAAUCCGGUUUCAGGGGGGGAUACAAAUACAAGAAGAAUCUUGAAGAACAAGUAGAACCUGUCUUGUGGAGUGGAUCCGAUUGAUAUUGGGGACUGGAUAAUGAUGGAGCCAAUGUUGAGCUCUUCAAGGGUAUUCUCGGCAUUUAGAGAGGAGACUCUGGGAGAGGAAGAACUCUCUGUUCUUCCCCGACACACCAAAGUUAUUGUCACGGGGAACAACAGAACAAAAUCUGUCUUGGUGGGUUUGCAAGGUGUGGUGAAGAAGGCUGUUGGUCUUGGUGGUUGGCAUUGGCUGGUUCUGAAAAAUGGGAUUGAAGUUAAGCUCCAAAGAAAUGCGUUGAGUGUGUUGGAACACCCGACCGGGAACAAGCUAGAUGACGACGACGACGAUGAUAUCGAUAUGUUCAGUAGCGGAUCGGAUCAUGGCGAGAAGGAGCAUCGAGAUUUCCCUGCAGGCUUUGAGUUCCACAGGCUGGGCAGACCAAGAAUCAGACAGCCAAAGCCGUGGCUUUCGUCUUCGGUUUCUCGAUCCAGCCGUAGCAGCUACCGAGAUGUUCAUUCGAUUCUUCAUCCAAACCCAUGUAGGGUGAACUUUGGGAAGCUGGGGACAAGUGCCUUGAGAAGAUAUUGCAGACAUUUCAACCUCGUCAGUCUUCCAUCCUCGCUCCUCACCCAUUUGUUUUCUUCGUCUUUUUUCCGACAAGAUAUUGAUCCCGGGAUCAAUCCAGAUUCUUCGAGGGAUCAAAUGCUCAAUGCCGUUCAUCACCAUUUCACCUCGCAGCCGAGGAUGAAUGAAGAACAGGUCAUAUCGGACUUCAUUGUCGCGGCAAAAAGAAUGAGGCAGAUCAUCAGCGAUUGACCACGUUGACACCACCGCAGCCUCCGUCUAAUGAAUCUUAUGUAUAAUUUAGUGAAUAUAUAUAUAUAUAUACAUAUAUAUACACACGUAUUUGUGUCUUGGUAUCUAACAUAUAUAUAUAUAUAUAUAUAUGUAUUUAACCUAAUUUGACCUAUCUCUGUUUCUUGAUCUGAAUCUGAUAUUGUCUUCGGUGUCCUAACCUUUUUUUGCAUGCAAUCAAACCCUU